AUGGAUUUGACUCGACCGCCGGGGAAUAGCGGCCUGUCUUUAGGAUAUUCGUCUCACGUUUCAGCGACCCCGUCGAACAACAACACCGGCAGGCUCUCAAAAGUUGCCGAUGAUUCAAUUUCUUUUCAGAUCGAGUCGAGGGUUCGAGAAUCUCUGCACGCCAUGCCCUCGGUCCCGCUCCAAUUACUGGACCAGCAGAUGGAGAACAAUGGCCAUAGCCGUGUGGAAAACAAUUCGAACGAGAACAACAAUACAGAGGAUGACGAGAAUGACGUGGAGGAGUUUCGGAUUCUGGGGCACUCCAUGACCCUGAAGAGGAAAAGGGAUAGUGACUUGGGCUCCUCAACAUCCAUGUGUUCCAUUAACAAGGGAUCUAAGGAUCCUUCGAAUGAGAUGGAAUCACGCAGGGGUGCAGUGAAGGCAUGGGGCAAUCAGACCUUGCAGAAUGCCGACCCUGAGAUUUUCAUGAUUAUGGAUAAGGAGAAGCAGAGGCAGUUCAAGGGGAUUGAAUUGAUUGCUUCCGAGAAUUUCGUGUGCAAAGCUGUGAUGGAAGCUCUCGGGAGCCACCUUACUAAUAAAUACUCAGAAGGUAUGCCGGGUGCCAGGUACUAUGGUGGGAAUCAGUACAUUGAUGAGAUUGAAAAUCUUUGUCGGGAGCGUGCACUGGCUGCCUUUGGAUUGGAUUCCGGGAGUUGGGGAGUGAAUGUGCAGCCUUACUCUUGUACAUCAGCCAAUUUUGCUGUAUAUACUGGGCUUUUGUUGCCGGGAGAUAGGAUAAUGGGGUUGGACACCCCCUCUGGAGGGAACACGAGCCAUGGAUGUUAUUUGCCAAACGGAAGGAAAGUAUCGGGAGCUUCAAUAUUUUUCGAGAAUCUACCAUACAAGGUGAAUCCUCAAACUGGGUACGUGGACUAUGAUAAGCUUGAGGAGAGGGCACUUGAUUUUCGCCCCAAGAUAUUGAUCUGCGGUGGAAGCUCGUAUCCUAGGGAAUGGGAUUAUGCAAGGUUUAGGCAGAUAGCAGACAAAUGCGGUGCGGUUUUGUUAUGCGACAUGGCUCAAAUUAGCGGUCUUAUUGCUGCUAAGGAGUGUGCAAGUCCUUUCGAGUACUGUGACAUUGUUACAUCCACUACUCAUAAAAGUCUCCGAGGGCCCAGGGGAGGAAUUAUUUUCUACAGGAAGGGGCCAAAACCGAAGAAAAGAGGCAUACUUUUGACUCAAGGAGAUUGCAGCGAUAGAUAUGAUUUUGAGGAAAAAAUCAACUUUGCUGUUUUCCCGGCAUUGCAAGGUGGACCCCACAAUAAUCACAUUGCUGCCCUGGCAAUAGCACUGAAGCAAGUUGCCACACCUGAGUUCAAGGCUUAUAUGCAACAGGUUAAGAAAAAUGCUCAGGUUCUAGCGUCAGCUCUGCUGAGAAGAAAUUGUAAAUUGGUCACAGGGGGCACUGAUAGUCACAUGUUGCUUUGGGAUCUAAGAAAUUUCGGAUUAACUGGUAAAAACUUUGAGAAGGUCUGUGAACUUUGUCACAUUACCCUUAAUAAAGUCACAAUCUUUGAUGACAAUGGAAACAUCACUCCUGGAGGCGUAAGGAUUGGUACGCCUGCAAUGACAUCAAGAGGCUGUCUCGAAGCUGAUUUUGAGAUGAUGGCAGAAUUUCUACUUCGAGCUGUUCAGAUUGCAAACUCUGUGCAGAGAGAACACGGGAAGCUGCCAAAAUCUUUUCUAAAGGGGCUUGCAAACAACAAAGAAAUUGUACAACUCCGGUUGCAAGUUGAAAAUUUUGCUACCCAAUUCGCCAUGCCAGAGCCACUGAUCCCCGCAUACUGGUGUAACCUACCGGCCAACCCCAAGACGAUAAUGGGGAAGAGAGCCAAAAGGCCGAGAACCUCCACCCCUACAACCACCGCGGACUGGACCAACAACCACCAGCGCCACCACCGGUGA